GUUUUUGUUUACUCUUGAAGAAAAUGCAUCAAAUGAAAAUGACCAUGAAGAAGAUCUACCUGUUACUCAUCUCCAGUUAUUGUUGUUGGUGUGGGGUAGUUUCUCUGAUAGCAUUAGGAAGGAGUUACUACUCAAGUGUGUUGCAGCUGUCAAUAAAGUGGCCGAAGAGAAAGAAUCAGGAUAUGUUGUUCCUCCAUUGCCAUGCUGUCGCUUGUUGCUGGUAUUACAGUACAUGGUAUUCAGGUUUAAUGAACCAGUUCAACAACUAGUACAACAGGUUGAUUGUAAUCUAUUACCUGAUUUGUUAGUCAGUCCGCUAAUCAGCACUUGAUCAUGCUGAUAUCAUGUCGUUCCCGUGUGAUCAAGAGUUGCUACUCAAGUGUGUAGCAGCUGUCAAUACAGUAGCCCAAGAGAAAGAGAAUUAUUACUGAAUUAUUAUUACUGAAGAUAUGAGGACUGUACUAAUACUUGAGCAUGACAUUGAUUUCCAACCUAACUUUAAAUCAAAUCUUAAAA